UCAAUUGCAAUUGAAGAAGAUAUUUCGAUGUGUCAGAAUAGCUUUAAUGGAAAGCAGCCACCACGGCCUGAGCACCUUCACUGCUCCAGCAGAACUCGUGAACAUCCUCCACUUAAAGCCAGGAAAGAUAAAGCUUGGACUGGUUCCUUAUUCAAGAGUAAAUGGCACAGACGGCUGAGGCAAGACAAAUUGGAUUUGUUGGCUGGCGGUCAAAAAGUAUCAUCACAUUGGUUAUUUUUGUCUGUGAAAAUCUUUUUCUCACCCUUGCAGUGGACAACUUUUCCAGGAAAAGUCUUGGGUCCGGUCAGCCAGCUGUGACACGUAAUGUUUGCCUAUGGCCAGUGAUAUGUGAUACAGUAUUUCCAUCAUAAUUUACAAAUAAAAUGAAUUAGUAUUACAAAUAGCAUAAUACCUGCUCUUGACCAUGACUUCCAUGCUUCAUGCUUCAGCAUAGGCCAACAAACCUCUUCCACAUAUAUCUUGGGUGAAUGCCAGAACCUUAACAGCUGUAGGCCUCCCACUCUUUUUGUGGAAUCAAUGAGAAUCAUCUGACACCAUGGAGUUUGACAACUCUGGGCCCGGGAUUCGGGUGCAGAAAAUUCCUGCACAGAAUCUGGUGGUUCGGCUCUUCCAUCGUGAAAUUCACCGAAAGCCUCGACAGCAUGAGCACAGCAACCGCUACUUCAACCAGAACAUCACACCAAAUUUUACAGUAACCAAUGUUCAGAAGCCUCCUUGUUUCUUGCGGAAAUUCAGCCCAGAUGGAAGGUUUCUUAUUGCAUUUUCAUCUGAUCAAACAAGCAUAGAGAUAUACAGGUACAUGGGACCAUCUGCUGCUGCUGAUCUUCUGCACUGGUGUGAGGGAACAAGUGUGUUGAAGGAGAAUGAGCAGAAGACAUUUGAAAUAAGAAGAAAUAUCUUUGAUCGCUUCUUCAAGCUCUCACAUACAGUCAGUGUGGCAACUAACUGUGAACAACUCAAUAGAGAGUGUAGUUUGUUCACAGAUAAUGGCAAGUAUGUGAUAGUUGGGUCUGCUUCAGUUGAUGAUGCAAGCAGUAUUGACCACUUCGACAUGUACAGGAAUAAUGAAUCUGUCACUCCAAACCCUCGGUAUCCCCUGGAAGAUUACACACUACACAUUGUUGACAUUGAAAUGGGAUGUCUGGUCAGUUCACGAACCUUCAAACAUGACAAGAUUUUUCUAUCUCACAACCAAGGUCUCUAUCUUUACCGUCAAACUUUGGCUGUUCUCUCUGUGCAGCACCAGACAAUCCAUAUAUUUCAGAUUACACCAGGAGGAAACUUUAUUGAUAUACGUACAAUAGGACGAGUCUGCUAUGAGGAUGAUGAUUACUACCUUUCAACUGUCUUGCCUGACCGGAUGCAAGCUACAUAUCAGCAUGGAAGAGAGAAACUUAUCAAUUCCUUAAAGCACAGGCUGCUGGUGUUCUUGUUUAGGAGAGCAGAAGCGAUCAGUAAGGAAGAAGGCAAUCCACGUGCCCUAAGGGAGUAUUACCAUUACUUCGACCACCUUUUCCUGCUGCGCAUGUGGAAGAUGCAGCUACUUGAUGAUGUCCAUUUGCUUAUCAAAUAUGCAUCAGAGGAAGUGGUGACAUUACGGACAGCAGAGCCCAAUGGACAACCUUUGUUUUUUGUGGUAUACAAUAUGAUUACAACGGAAGUACUUGCUGUAUAUGAAAAUACUUCCUCAGAACUAUUAGAUUUAUUUGAAAAAAUGACCGACUUCUUCAGAAAUGCAAGAUUAUCAUGUGAAACACAGUUCACUUGCUCUCCAUCGAACAACAACUGGGCCAGGUAAGCAUUUACCUGGAAGAUUCUGUU